AUGCGCAUUUCUCAAUCGGCAAGCGGUGAAUGGAGUCGACCACAGACCACCGUGAAGAUGCCGGCUUCGGAAGCCCAUAAGGUUCUGGGCUUGAUCAAGAGGGACCUGCUCACUGUCGAGGAGUACGCGAAUGCACUAUUGAGCCGCAUCGAGUCGAGAGACGGCGUGGUAAAAGCGUGGGAGUACUUGGAAUUCACAGUCCUGAACCCAGGCCCUGACACCACCAAUCCGCACGACGAGAACCGUUCGCCAGGCGGGUCAUCGGCUGGAUCUGCGGCCGCGGUGGCUGACUUCCAAGUUCCUCUCAGCUUCGGAACGCAUACAGGUGGCAGUGUCAUUCGUCCAGCUUCUUACACGGCCACAUAUGCCAUGAAGCCAACCUUUAACACAUUAUCCGGCGAAGGCAUCAAGGUCGCCUCCCUUGAGUUCGACACCAUUGGAUACUUUGCUCAUAGUAUAGAGGAUCUCAAGCACAUUACUGACGUUCUCAGUAUCAUCAAGGAGGAAUUUACCGACAUGGUAUUGAAAGAGGCUAAAGUGGGCUUCGUCGAGUCACCGUUUUGGCCGUCUGCCGGGCCCGGCAGCAUCGCAUCCAUGGAGAAGGCUGCUGAGACUCUCCACAAUCACGGGGUUACGGUCGAGUAUGCCGAAUUCCCGGAUGAAUCCAACGGUGCCAUAACUUUGAACAAGAUGUUCAAGGUGAUCUUUGUAAGAGACGGGGGUGCGGCAUUCUACAGGGACCAUCUCAUGGACACUGCCAAGACGAAGCUGGACCCGGAUGUCCGCGCCUUCGUCGACGAUGCCCGCAAACUCUCCCGUGACGAGAUACAAGAAGUCUCUGACUACUUUGCAGCCCUGCUCCCAGCAUUGGAUAAGAUGGCCAUGAAAUGCUCCGCUCUUAUCACUCCAAGCGCGACCGACGAAGCACCCUUGAGAUGGAUGAUAUGGGCAGUCCUGUUUUCAACUCGCUGUGGACGGUGA